AUGAACAGUGAUACUUCAGAAACCAGAAGCAGUGUCGCCGCUAAUCACUGGUCCUUCGCCGGCACCGAACGAUCGUUGCUGCCGCCGUUGAUCUCCAGAACUUUCAAUCCUAAUUGUAAUCCUAACAUUAAACUAGGAAUACCAGAAAAAAUCCACAGCCAUGGCCGACCUAUUUCUCUGUCUGAGUUGGUUUGUGCUAUUGGGAUCCCCUCAACAAAAUCAGAUUGGUUGCGUCGCCUCAUGCUCGUGUUGGUCAACUCGAGCCUUAUCUCCGUCGAUAGAAAUGAAAGUGGAGAGGAAGAGUUGUAUUUUCUAACUCCCUCUGGUAGACUGCUGCUGAAGGAUCACCCAUUCAAUAUCCCAAGCUUCGCAUGGUUCUCCUUCCCUGAAUUAAAUAGGGCAGGGCAAUUCUUGAGCAAUUCAUUCCAUCAAAGUAAUUCUGUUCCCUUUCAGAUGGCUCAUGGGAUGAGUUUCUGGGACUUCAUAAGCAAGCAUGAUGAGCUUAACAAGGGGUUCCAGGAUCGAAUGAUCAGUGACAGUCGUUUGACCAUUAGUGCAGUGGUCAAUGAAUGCAGUGAUAUUUUUCAAGAUUUGAAGUCUUUGGUCGACGUUGGAGUAGGAUCUGGAACUGCAGCUAGACUGAUUGCAGAGACCUUCCCACAUGUGAAAUGCACCGUCUAUGACCUUCCUUGUGUGAUAGAAACCAUACCAGAGAACACACGCGUGGUUGUUGAUUCUAUCGGAGGUGACAUGUUUGAAUACAUCCCCCAGCUGAUGCUCAAGGUACAAAUACCAGAAAAAAUCCACAGCCAUGGCCAACCCAUUUCUCUCUCUGAAUUGGUCUCAGCUCUCGGCAUCCCUUCAACAAAAUCGGAUUGCUUGCGUCGCCUCAUGCUCUUGCUGGUCCACAUGGACCUUGUCUCCAUUCAAAAAUGUGAAAAUGGAGAGAAAGACCUGUAUUCCCUAACUCUCUCUGGUAGAAUCCUGCUGAAGCAUCAUCCAUUCAACCUCGACCCAUCCUGGUCAUGGUUCUCAAACCCUGCACUAAAUAUGGCAGGGCAAUGCCUGUGCGGCUCAUUCCAUCAGAGCAAUUCUACACCCUUUGAGAUGGCACACCAAAUGAGCCUCCGGGACUUUUUGAGCAAGAAAGAUGAGCUUAACAGACAGUUCAACGAUCUAAUGGCCAGCGACAGUCGUUUGAUCAUGAAUGCAGUGGUUAAAGAGUGCAGUGAUAUUUUUCAAGGAUUAAAGUCUUUGGUGGAUGUUGGAGGAGGCAAUGGAACUGCAGCUAGACUGAUUACAGAAGCUUUCCCUCAUAUGAAAUGCACUGUCUAUGAUCUCCCUCAUGUGAUAGCAACCAUCCCAGAGAGCACACACUCUAUUGUUGAUUCCAUUGGAGGAGACAUGUUUCAAUACAUACCCCCAUCUGAUGCAAUUUUUCUAAAGUCUAUUCUACAUGAUUGGAGUGAUGAGGACUGUGUGAGAAUAUUGAAACGGUGCAAGGAAGCAAUUCCCCCAAAGGAAGACGGAGGAAAGGUGAUUAUAAUAGACAUAGUUUUGGGGAAUGAAGAUGAUAAAUCGUUUGAGCUCCAGCUUUUCUUUGACAUCACUAUGAUGGUUCUACUUGGGGCGAAGGAGCGCACAGAAGGUGAAUGGAAGACCUUAUUCAAGGAAGCUGGUUUCUCUGACUACAAAAUAAAACGUGCUUUGGGGUUUCGAUCCAUCAUUGAGCUUUAUCCAUGA